AGACGGCCUUACACUAAGGACCGUGCAGCAUUUAUUACUGAGCACACAUAUUAGACAGGGUUUCACAUAGAAACGUGCAGCAUUAUGUCGAAACUUAAAGUGAUAGGAACUGUGUUAGUUUUAGCCAUGAUCCAUAUAUCGGUUGUUUAUGGCGCUUCCUUACCGUGCGCCAAUUGUGACAGUGUCCAAUGCGGCCCGAGGCCACAGGGAUGUGAAUUGGGCAAACUUCCAUGUGGAUGUUGUUAUGUAUGCGCACACAAUGUUGGGGAAAUUUGUGAAGCAUUUGCACCAAGUUGUGCCACAGGUUUGAAAUGUCUGACACCAGCUGGACUUUAUGACGGUCGUCCACCAUGGUAUCUUCCAUACUUCAAAGGAGUUUGUGUUACUGACCCAUCGCUUCAACUGGUACCAACAUCACGCACACAGCAUUGAAAACAGAUUUGUAUGAAAGACUCGGCAAUUUGUUGAAAUAUUUAUUCAACCAAAA